AUGGAUCCUAGAAGCCCCGGCGCAAACUCGAGAGAGUCUCUGGCCAAUUUUGAUGGGCUCAGAGACAUUCGCAAUCUGUACAAGGACGAAGGAUUGCAAGCCGCCGCUCUCGGGAUGCAGUUUCCCAUCCCAUACUACGAUCAUCGACCCCAGCACCUGGGCAUGAAUGGCCUGGAUGUCAUGGUCGUCCUUAUCCGCCACCUGUAUCGGCACAUGGUUGCUGAAGACCGAGAAAAGGUUGCCGAGGACGAAGAGGAGAACCCGUUGUUGCGCCUGGCAUGGUGCAUGUUUGACAAGGAUCGAGAAACUGCCAAGAGGCAAGACGAUGUGCGCGAAGAUAUUAUGCGCUGGUUGAGAAAGGAGCAUCGUGUGCACCCAAGCCUGGCGUUUGAGGAUCUGGCAGAGAGCCGAAUCAUGGUAGAGACCAUGUUUUCCAAGCCUCCAUUCCUCCUUUACCAUCCCAUUGUCCCGUGCAAGGCGCGGGCAGAUGGUCAUGAGUGGAAGCCAACGCGAUUCCAUCCAAAGGAUAAUGCCGCAUCAAGCCUAGUCACGUGGGAUGGCCAUGGUGACUUGGGAGAAUUCAUUAGCAACGAAAUGUUUGGUAUUCAGAACGACGACCGAGGCAACAACUACUACUACACGUUUGAUCAGCCUACAUUCAUCCGCGUGCAAUACACCAAUGUCAACAACACCAAGACAUACAAGGACCUUGCCGAGAUUUGCGUCGAGAACAAGUUGGUACACGAGGACGGGUCCUUGAUUCCAACUUGGGACAAGGGAAUGGACGAUCCCAGGGACAAUUGGGUCCGAAUCAAUUACCGGCUGAUUGCUGCUGUGCGAGCAAGGGAUCCGAAUACACCCAAGGAUCGAGACUUUAUUCGACGAUGGCAUAUCUCGGGCAAGCCUUUGCUUGAUCCGGAAGAGUCGUCUUUUUCCAGCCAGCAAUGGAAGAUUGGCUCCGGCAAUGGGACAUAUGUGCUUUACUAUUGCAUGCUACCAGAAACGCACCGACGCCCAUUGGCAGCUGGAGAACUGCCAGAGCAGACCAUUCGGGAUCGAAGCUUGAAAGCAAACUUUGACCGCAUGUCGAGUGCGGUCAGGAAUGCCAGCAAGGAGGCAGAGAGCCAGUAG